AUGGGGGCUGAGAACAUCACGGGACAUCGUGAAGACUUAGGGAUGUCGACAAAAGAAGGAGACAGCAGUGUUCCACUCGAAAUACAGCUGCGGGGUCCUGGAAUGCAGCAGCUGUACUCCCAGGCCUGCCGCCAGGGGGCGCGACCGGUGCACAGCGUGCGCGGUCUUGUGGUUGGUCAGUUCAGAUCCGGGAAGACGUGUGUCGUCAGGAGGCUGACGGGAGAGAAGGCUGUGGAGAAUGAACCGAUAACAGACGGCAUCGAGAUUUCACCCAGCGUGAAGACCAAGACUUGGCGGAAGAGGAGCCAGACGAAUUCAAGGAAACCAUGGCAGAACGAUUGGCAGAACAACAAGAACGGGACAAACCACGCACCCGGACAUCUUCAGGAGCCCAAGGAGCAGUCAGGAAAAAGUCUGCAGAGUGACGUGACGGUUCUGCAGCAAACACAAGACAUACCGGAUGAUGUCAUAACAAAAGCCAAAGAGCGACUCCAAGGUGGCGUGACCGAGGAGCAGCUUGGAACAGCCGAACACCCGCGUAUCUCCCUCUGGGACUUCGGCGGCCAGGCCACGUACUACGGCUCGCACCAGUGCUUCUUCACGUACCGCGGGAUCUACAUCCUGGUCAUGUCACUGCUGCAGAAGCUGUCCGACCCUGUUCCUGAUCUGGACUACAAGGCGACAGCGGACAAUCUCGUAACUGGAAGAGACUACUUGGACCACUGGCUGCACUCAGUCCGCACACACACCCUGGUGCACGGGCGGGAGCAGACAGGAGAGCCGUGUGUCGUUUUGGUCCUCACGCACAAGGACAGAGUCGAUGAGUCGGACAUUGAGGAGUACAAGAAAGACGUACGUGAUCAUAUCAGUGAUAAGGCCGCCGGUAAACACGUCUUACCUAAGAUAUUUUUCAUCGACAACUUCAACGAGGACAACAGCGACAUUGACGAGCUCCGAGAAUAUCUCCGUGAGGUGGCGAAGGGUCUGUGGUUCAUGGGUCAGGAGGUGCCGAUGACUUGGCUUCAUCUGAAGUCCAAACUGAUGGACAAGAGGAGAGAGGACGACCCAUUCUGCCGUUUCCAAGAUGUCGUAGAUCUGGCCCGGAGUGAUGACGUGGGCAUCACGGAUGACAGCCAUGUUGCCGACAUUUUGACCUUCCUACACGACCUUGGUGACAUCAUCUUCAUCAACGAACCUGUUCUCCGUGAUCACGUGGCCCUUCGACCCCAGGUGAUGAUUGACGUCUUCAAGACCAUCAUCACCGUCCCGGAGUACCAACAGGACAGGAGCACGGAUGGGGAGGUUGCCGAGAUGUGGAGGAGGCUGGAGACGGAAGGCAUCCUCAGUGACAGGUUGUUGACAAUCAUCUGGACCAAAGCAGAUCAGAAGAUGCAGAAACCCUUUCUACUGCGGCACAAGUACUUCCUGAAGAGACUGAUGGAAAAGUACUACCUACUCUGCAACGUCACGCCGAUCGGUGAGUUUGAUGACACUUCGGGUGAUCCUGAGAAAGAAGAGAUCUACUUCGUACCAUCUCUCCUGGCCACAAAGCCUGACGACAGCACCUUGUAUCCUGGGCACAUGAGAAGAUACCGGCAUCCUCUGUAUGUCGUAUUCGACAACAUGUUCCUCCCAAGUGGCAUGUUCUAUCGUCUACAAGCCAUUUGUGUGCGCAGGUUCGGUCUUCAAGAGUCCCACGUGUUCGCCGGCUGCGGCCGCUUCCCUACCGACGAUGUAAAGCAACAGUUCGUGGUAACCAAAGUGAAGCACUACCUGAAGGUGGAGCUUCUGUCGGCUGAAGCUGAAGAUCAGCCAGUAUUCACACAGGCCCUUCCUAUUAGAAAGUUCCUCAGCAGUUGUCUCUUUGAGAUCAAGGAGAAGUGGAUCCCGUCCAUCCAGUAUGACUGGUGCUUUGGGGAGGAGUCAGAAAAAGGAACAGGAACACCAGUAUUCUACCCACUGUCUGACAUCGGGCAAGAAACGGCAACGGGAUCCAGUCGUUUUCCAGAAGACUUCAUCAAUGUCUGGAUACGUGGCAGAAAUGAUACGACAACGUUCUGUGCAGAAAACUCAGGUGGUUCCGGACCCGUGAUGAUAGAGCCCACGCUGAACCCAGACGCAGUCCACACGAUCGGUCCUGUCCUGGACUGUAUGGAGACCUGCAGAGGGCUGAGUCUGGCGCAGUGUGAUCGGAUCAGACACGAGCUCACAUCCGUCAGCAGGUUCAAAGAGUUGGUUGCCAACGUCAACAGGGCCGGAGACAUGUGCCGUCGCUUGCUGGGAGCGUCCUUGGACGUUUGUCUGCCUGAGAGAGCACCCAUGUUCCCCAGGGAAGAGAGAGGGAACGAAAUUGUUCUCCUACACACCGGAGAUUACAAUGACAAGCUCACCCAGCCACUGUUGAAACAGGCAGCCCAAUCGUCCAGCAGGUACGGUGUAACAGUGUCUGAAGACGUCAUCGAACCAGGAGAAAUCAUCACAGACAAACUCCUGCACCAUCUUCUCCAACGGAACGUCAGGAUGGUCGUACCGAUCAUCACACCCCAGACUCUCCACAGCAGGCACUGGUCAACGCUCGGGUACGAAUUCUGCGUACAGAACAAGAACCUGGUCUUUCCGGUCUUCGCCUACCCUGAAGGAACCAGAGAGCGUUUGCUAGAGGUGCUCGGCAGACGCUGUGCGGCGAUGUUGGAUAUGGCAUCAACGGAAGUACCAAUGACUGAAGAACCACUGUCCAGAACCAAAAUUGGUCUCGUUUCAGCAGAUAUCCUGAGGAAGGUCGAAAUGCUGCCCGUUGAUGACGCCUUAACAAAGGCUUUCUCAGCUGUGACCCCGGUACUGACCGUGCACCAGGAAAAGGAGGAGGACUUCUUAGAGCCCGUGAUAGUCACCCUGCCGUGGGCAUGGAAGAAGAGCGACUGCGGCACAGAUAAGACCGUCAUGAUGAAAAGGAAGUCAACUCCUCCUCAGUGGUCUUUGCUUAGGACAGGGUUUCAAGAGACAGAGGACGCAGUCACAUUCACAACUAGACACUUCUGCGGCAUGGCCGGUGCCAAGGAAAGUGGCAAUGGCGGAGAAAGUUCGACCUCGAUCCCAGAAAGCCAGGAUGAGGCAUCCAAUCUGGAAACAGAAAAGGGAACCAUCUCAAGAGAAACAGGAAACCAGGAUGAGGCAGCCAAUCAGGAAACAGAAAAGGGAAGCAUCUCAAGAAAAACAGGAAGCCAGGAUGAGGCAGCCAAUCAGAAAACUGAAAAGGGAAGCAUCUCAAGAGAAACAGGAAACCAAGAUGAGACAGCCAAUCAGGAAACAGAAAAUGAAAGCAUCUCAAGAGAAACAGGAAAACAGGUUGGCAAUCAGAAGGCGGAUGAAAGUAUAUUAAGAAAGCCAAAUGUAACAUCAGCAUUCUCAACUGCAGUCGCAACUGAAGCAUUCCAGGAGUGUUGGAACAGGUACACUGAAGACAAAGUGUACCUCAUAGUAAACCCAAACCAGGCAACAACAGACAAUAACUGCAUCCACCUCAUGUGUGUUCACAAGGACGACGACCCAAACGACUUUUUCCAAGCUGAGAAUAUGCGGCCUCUUCCACCGUUCAAACAGCGCAUCGUCAUGGGCAUGGAAGAAAUGAUAGACGCCAAGUUUGAUGAAGAAAAAGAGGUCAUUGGGGAUUCUCGUGAUCUUAGGGAGGGUAUCAUCUUCUUCUUCCCACCAGCUGACUGCAACAGGUGGUCCGUUGGACUGAUUCUGAACAAUCCGAGCCAAAACAAAAAGAUGUACCAAGGAGCUGUCCAUUUCAGACGACUUUCUGAGUCCGGAGUACAAGUAACUGACCUGAGGCGCCGGAUCCCAUCAGCAACAGUGUACCUUUUCUACGAAGAUGAGGCUACCAUGGAUCAGCAGAGAGGUGGGGCCGGGAUCUCCAUGAGCGAGGCGUUCGAAAUAAAACCAAAGAAAGGUGGAUCGACAAAGUCUCAGGCGUGGCACGAAGGCCAGUCCAGUGACAGGGGUCAAUCGAUACUGCAAGAGGUAACGUCUGUUAUGAUGGUUAACGAUGAAUACGGCAUGUCUCAUGGAGGUACUGCUACCACGAACCGUCAGGUGGCGCAGUUUCUGAAACGACAUGGUGCUACAGUUCAUGCUACGGCUUUGCAAGCGUCUGAAGAAGACAAGAGGUGUGCCACAGACGAUGGUGUCAUUUUGCAUUUGCCUGUUCAAAAUCCCAGGGACAAGAGGACGCCAUCUUUGGAAUGGAUAACCUUUGACCACAACAGUCGCUACCCAGGCAUACCACAGGAUCUAAAGUGCAUUGUGGGUCAUGUAGAUGUUACAAGUGGAGCCGCAAAGAGCCUACAAGAGAGCCGCUGUCAACAGGCAAAAUUGGUCCUUUUCAACCACGAUAUGCCAGAAGAGACGGAGUACUACAAGGGAUCUAAAAAAUCCCUGGCCGCGGGGAAGAAGAUGAAAGACAUCCUCGAAGAUACAAAGAAUGCAGAUGCCGUGUUCUCCUUGGGAAGAAGAAUUUACGACUACUUCGAGACGAAGUACAUGGCACUUGGAGAUAGCAAACCACGCCAGCACUUCUUAUUUCUCCCAAGACCAUCCCCAGUGUUUGAAGCCAUCUCUGUUAGACCAGGAGCAGGGGAGAAAGUCGUGCUGACUGUCGGGAGAGUGACCGAAGUGGACAAGCUGAAGGGCCAUGACCUGGUAGCACGGGCGUUGGGGGAGGUUGCAGAGAAGAUCACAAACGUCAGAUUAUGUGUUCGCGGGAUAGAUGAAGAAGGCUAUGAAGCGAGCAAGAGAAUCCUUGAGGAGAACCUGCACAGUGGUAAGAUCAAACCCACCCUGCUGCCACGUGGAACCCAGGAGGACAUAGCUCAGGACAUGCAGCAGGCUCACCUGGUCCUGAUGCCGUCCCGUGCCGAGCCGUUCGGACUGAUCGGUCUGGAGGCCAUCGCAGCAGGGAUCCCGGUACUCAUCUCUGACAAGUCCGGACUAGCAGACAUGAUCAGGGACCUGAUUGAGGAGGGGAAGUGCCCUGCAGACAUGAGGUACAGGAUCGUGGAAACCAGCGUGAGGGAGGCCGACCUAGAUGUGACUGCAAAAGAAUGGGCAAAGAGAAUCAUGGAUACGUUCAAACACUCUAAACAUGAAUUCGACAGAGCAGCAGUGUACAAGAAGGAGCUUCUGAAGUCCAAGUACUGGGAAGAGUCGCACCAAAACCUGCUGAGGGUCUGUGGGUUAAUUGACUGACUCUAGGUCGCGUCCUCUCCUCCACGUGUUGGAUUCUUUAUUGCUGGUUCUGGUCCACAUAAUCUUAAUGAAUCAGUAAUGUAUGUAUGUGUUCCAAAGAGUUCUUGAAUAACUUGACACUGACCUCAUCUAUCACUUGCUGAUGUACAUAUUUGAAAUUGUACAUGACAUCG